GUCGCGCGCGUCGACGUCAGGGUGCCGACGCCCGGCGCCGCCUACAGACUCACUGGCUGUCAGCUGCCAGUGUCAACGCGGGGGCCAUAAGAGCGUCGCCCGCCGCCAACGGGGGCUCACCUCUCUUGUCCCCGACCGCCAUCGUCCCCCUGGGCCUCGCUAGCCGGGCCCGGCCCCCUCACUCACUUAGCCCGCUAGCCGGGUCCCUUACUCUCUUAGCCCCGCCAGCCGGAUCACUCAUUUCCUCAGUCUAUUUAUCGUUACUGUACUACCAUGUUACCUCCACUCAUUUACGCCGCCGUCAUCGUUGCUUCUUGGAUCGUGUACGAGUCCAUGGGACCGAACACGUUGUACGCCGGCAGCCACGACUGGCGUUUCCUGUUGACGCCACAGGCCUCCGUUGAGCGCUGGCUCAACGUCAUCAUUCGGCGUCGGAUAGCACUACUGGCAGCAGAAGAAGCCGGCGACACCGUUCAGUGUCCGUUGACGGAGGAUGGUCACAAUGGUUUGCUAGACGACAUCCCGCCAGACGUCGUACCAGACGUCCCGUCAGUCGUCCUACCAGACAUCCCGCCAGUCGUCCUACCAGACGUCCUCCCAGUCGUCCCACCAGUCGUCCUGCCAGACGUCCUCCCAAACCUCCCACUUCCCGAACCUGCAUCGACAGCUAUGACCUACAAUGAAUCUCUCGUUGGGCUCACACUGGCCCUCGUCUUCGUCUUCAGCGUUGUGGUCUACCUUGUCCACUCCUACAUGAGAAGGCGCAACAACACCCGGGUAGACUCGUCGCGGGCCACCUGCCAAAUCGAGUUCAAGUUCGACAUGUCUGGCCAUCACCCUCCUCCGACAUCGCACGCAACCGCGUCCAUCAGUGUCUCGUCAAAUGUGCCGUCUCUCUCGCUGAACAUCAACACUGGCGCCCAGCUGGGUGGAAACCCUCCUCAGGCGUCUAGUUCUUCGUCAUCUUCGGCUCGCAACGUGCCUUUCGCUCUCGGUCUGUCGAAUACCGCCUUUGGUCUGCCGGACGCUGUUCCCGGUCUGUCAGCCGCUGUCCCCCACCUGUCGGCUGCUGUCCCCGGUUUGUCGGCUGCUUCCCCCGAUGUCUCAGGCGACUUCUUGGGUUCCUCGAACCGUGUAUCCGAUGGGCUAUUGAACACACUCCACAGCCUGGGCGUCCCGCAGCUCGCCACGGAUCCAGCAGAAGCAGACCUCACUGCUGACUCUGACUCUACGCCGACCGACGACAUGCUGGAAGUGGCAGACCUGGCUCCCGAUCACACCGCCGAUGUUGCUUCGCCGGAGCCUAUCUCUGGUUUGCCUGCUACUGAGGCUGUUCCCGAGACUUAUGUUGAGGACGAGACCGGUGCCGUAGACGUCGAAUCGGAUUCAAGCUCUUGGGUGACUACUAGUGACAACUUGUCCUCUGGAGAGAUUGGUGCUGCUCCUGAGACUCCUGGUGCUGGGGACCAGACCGGCGUAUACCUGGAAACGGAUUCGGGCUCUUGGGCGACCUCCAACGACAACUUCUCCGUCUUCGUCAAAGCUGAUCGCACCUCCGACCUUGUCUCCGUUGACGACGAUGCGAUUACCUCACCUGUGCCUUCAAUACCGAGCUCUUCGUCGUCUCUUGUUGACUCCCCCACAACUUCGAGAUUUCAUCCUGUAUUGUUGCUGCCCGCGGGGCGUCGGCGCGUGACGGUCCCGGUGUUCCCUCAUGGGUUGCUCCAAGAGUCCUUGUCUGCUUCGGUUGAAGAUCCAGCCCAUCGCGCGAACGGCCAAUCUCCCCCCUCCACCCCCAGUGCCGAUCAGGGCGAGUCGGACUCUUGGGUCUUGAGGGCAUAUAUGUCGGCGGACAGGAAGACGGCGGAUCGGUCUGCCCGUCUGAGCCUCAAGUUCCCGCUGUACCGCGGCGAAGCUGUGGAGUAUUUCCGGCGGAGUGGACAACGUCCGUGAGUAGUAGUGGAGCUCUAGACUCAUUUCUUCUGUAUGAUCAAUGUGUACGCUGGUGUAGUUGAUCGUUGUAGGUUUGUAUGUCUGUCCCGGUGGUGCCUGGUCGGCGCACGAGGACA